UUAUCCUAUUUCUAUCUCUUUUCCAUUAUUUGUUCUCUUUAUCUUUAAAAGCUAGCGCAUCGAUAUCUUGUCAGUGUCGAUAUUCAAUAUACUGAUUUAUCUAUAGGGGCCGCCACGAAAACGAUUUCUUUUUGUCGAUUCCAGUUCCAACAAGACAUCUGUCUAUGUUUUUCUCACGUUUUGUGGUUCUUAUAAACAAAGUUUUUUCUGGCAAUGCAUUAAAUACCAUCUGUAUAAUUAUAUCUUUAAAUAUCUAAUUCUAAUUAUCUAUAUAAUUCUUACUUUGUUACUAAUAAAAAUGACGUAUUUAAAUUCAUGGGAAGAGUUCGAAAAAGGUGCCGAGAGGUUAUAUCUUCAAGAUCCAAUGAAGGCUCGGUAUACAAUGAAAUAUUGCCAUAAUAAAGGUAUUUUAUGUCUAAAACUUACAGAUAAUCGAACGUGUCUACAAUAUAAAACGGAAAUAGCACAGGACUUAAAGAAGAUGGAAAAGUUUAUAGGAAAUUUGAUGAGGCAUAUGGCAUCUAAGGAGAGCUAAAUAAGGACUAGAUAAAAUUAGGGACAUUUUUUAAUCAAGGAAUAAAAGUGCUGCGCAUUUAAUUCAUGUUUAUGUUGUUCCAUUUCAUAAGAUUCAGUGACUGAUGGGAUAUAUAUAGAUAUUUAAUUUGAAUGAGGUAUAAAAAUUUUCUUAAAUAUACAAUAUGUGCAUAAAUGUCUAUUUGUAUUUAUUUAAAGCUUCAUGCUCAAUUCGGGCGGUUCCGUUGCCUCCUUGUUAAAGUUCUGAAACAGUACAAAAUAAAAUGUAUCAUAGUAUAUAAGUAACAAUUUAUUUAAAAAUAAAUUUCUAA